UUGCUUUUUAUUGUGAAGGUCCGCACCGGAAGCACUGUGUGUCGGUCAGCUCCUUUACUCAGAGAACUGCAGAGAAGAUGGCGGCGUUACGAGUCGUGGUGCUGUCGGGGAGCGGCAGGGCUCUCCUUGGCACGCCGAAAACUAUCAGGACCCCGAAGGCCAACAUGUCCUUCGCCAGCCUGCCGCGGAACAAGAAGGUUGCCCUGUCGACGCUGGGUGUGGUCGCAGCCGGUGGGGCGGGGCUCGCUCUGAUGCUGCACCAGUCCGUUAAAGCCUCCGACCUGGAGCUCCACCCCCCUAACUACCCCUGGAGCCACGCCGGACCUCUGUCCUCCUUGGACCACGCUAGUGUUCGCCGUGGUUACCAGGUGUAUAAGCAGGUGUGUUUAGCGUGCCACAGUAUGGAGUACCUGGCCUUCAGAAACCUGGUGGGAGUGUCGCACACAGAGGCCGAGGUGAAGGCCAUCGCUGAGGAGGUUGAGGUCGUGGACGGUCCUGAUGACAACGGAGAGAUGUUCACCCGGCCAGGAAAACUGUCGGACUACUUCCCAAAGCCCUACUCCAAUCCUGAGGCAGCUCGGGCUGCCAACAACGGAGCCCUGCCUCCAGACCUUAGCUACAUUGUCAAUGCCAGACAUGGAGGAGAGGACUACGUGUUCAGCCUGCUGACAGGAUACUGCGAACCUCCAGCAGGAGUGUCGGUGAGAGAGGGACUCUACUACAACCCUUACUUCCCUGGCCAGGCCAUCGGCAUGGCCCCGCCCAUCUACAACGAGGUGCUCGAGUAUGACGACGGAACCCCUGCCACCAUGAGCCAGGUUGCUAAAGAUGUGUGUACUUUCUUGAGGUGGGCUGCCGAGCCAGAGCACGACCAACGCAAACGCAUGGGCCUGAAGUUGCUGUUGGGCUCGGCCAUCCUCGUCCCUCUGAUGUACUACAUGAAGAGACACAGGUGGUCUGUGCUGAAGAGCAGGAAGAUCGCCUACAGGCCUCCCAAGUAAACAGAAACAAACUCACCCCUACCUGGGCUUAAAACCUACCGGAGAGGGCAGCGUUCAAUGACCCCACGACGCUCACAUCACAACAAUCCUGCAGACACAGAACAACAAACACACAUGCCUUUCUAAGAGGGGGUAGAGAAAUAUACUAUGUUUAUUCCUACAGAGAAAUGCCUUUUUAAGUUGUUGGCGUGGUAGAACUACUCGUGUGACAGAUUUUCCUGCAUCUGGAGUGUGGUGCAAGUUUGUGUUAGAGAGUCGUGGCGUAAUUGAACACACCCUCGACAAAGUCUAUGUUUGUUUUUGUUUUCCUGCUCCGGGUCAACGCUGGUAGCAGUUCACGUCUUGACAUCUCGUAUCAGACACUUUGUCACAAUUGACUGAUAAGUUGAUUGAUCGUCCAUCUUUGUAAGAUACUCAAUAACCACAGACAAACGCUGAGAAAGGGUUGCCCUGAAAGUUUGUAACAUCCCGGGUGUGUGUAAAUCCAUCCUCCCCUGUCCUCUCCACAAAGCCACUCAGUGGAACAAAUGCAGCCUCUGAACCUCUGUUUUACUGUACAAAAUAAAUUAUCUUAAAGGAAA